AUGUCAAACUUAGAGGCGAGUAAACUAUAUGAAACGAUAGUAGAAGAUGUCAUAUCGGAUUCAAGACAAGAUUUCGAGAAUAUGGGGGUAGAUGAACAAACAUUAUUAGAGCUUCGUAAAAUAUGGUGUGAAAAAUUAACUCAAUCAAAAGUAUGUAAAUUUUCAUGGGAUUUUAAUAAUGAUGAUGAACAGGAAGAUGACGAUCAACCACUACAACAGCAACAACAGGAACAACAUCAGCAGCAACAGCAGCAACCACAACCACAAUCACAAUCACAAUCACAGCAAGAAAAAGAACAACAAUCAAUACAGGCACAGACUUCAAAUUCAAGUACAAACCCUGAAAUAAUUACGAAUGAAACACAAGUUAAAGUUGAAGAAGAUUCAUUUAAUGGAAAAUCAGAUUUUGAUCCAUUAAGUUACAAUAAUAAUUUAGGUUUAGAAUUACCGACUGUAACGAAUAAUUUAAAUUCCAAGCCUAAUAAUGGUAAUGAUUUAGUUUUACCUAAAUUGAAUCAAAAUGACGGUACAUUUGAAAUGACGAUACAUGUAAAUAAUCCCAAGAAAUUUAUGAAUAAACUACAACGUUCUCAACGAAAUAAACUACUGAAAAAGCCUAAGAAAAAAUUUUAUCAAAUAGAUGGAACAUUAGAUGAUUCCGAAAAUGAUGAUGAUUUAGAUGAAGUUGAUCUUGAUGAAGAAGAUAGGGAUAUUUUUAAUGAUUCAGAUGAUAUAAAUUCAGAUCUAGAUGAUGAUUUAGAAAGUGAUAAAUCAGAUGAUGAUGAAGAAAAUCAAGAAGGUCAAAUUAUGUUAUGUUUAUAUGAUAAAGUUCAAAGAAUUAAAAAUAAAUGGAAACUGAAUUUAAAAGAAGGAAUAGCUAAUAUUGAUGGUAAAGAUUAUGUAUUUCAUAAAGCAACUGGUGAAUGUGAAUGGUGA